GCAUAUAUGUAUUGGUCACUUAUCUAACUCCUCAUUUUCUCUUCCUUGUUGUAGCUGAAGGCCUUGUUUUUCCUAACUAUCAUCAACGCCGCUGCCCCUUUCGACUUUAAUUCUUUGUAAGUUUUAGUUUUGUUUCCUAUUUUUGAUAGAUCAUCAAAACGAUGUCUGUCCUAAAACAGUUUGAACACCUAAAAAUACAACUAGAAGCUAUAGAAUCAACCACAAACAACUUUUCUAAAGAGAGCUGCAUCGGGAACGGAGGCUUUGGGAAAGUGUACAAGGGAGAACUCCUCCAUUCGAUGGGGCAUACCACGGUUGCCAUAAAACGUUUAGAUCGUUCAUUUGGGCAAGGAGACUCUGAGUUUUGGAAGGAGGUGAUUAUGCUUUCAGUUUACAGACAUGAAAAUAUUGUCUCCCUCUUGGGGUUUUGUGAUGAGAAAGGCGAGAAGAUCCUUGUGUAUGAGUAUUCAUCCAAAAGAAGUCUUGACUUACAUUUGAACAACAAGGAUCUAACUUGGGUUCAACGCCUUACAAUUUGUAUCGGGGUGGCUCGUGGAGUAGCAUACCUUCAUAAUCCAGCAGGUACUCAACAAAGAGUAUUGCACAGAGAUAUUAAAAGCUCCAACAUUCUCUUAGAUGACAACUGGAAUGCCAGGAUAUCCGAUCUUGGUCUAUCCAAAUUUGGACCAGCUAACCAGAACUACACAUUCCUUGUCACCAAUAAUAGAGUUGGCACUAUUGGGUAUUGUGAUCCGCUAUAUUUAGAAAGUGGGAUACUAACAAAGGAGUCAGACGUUUACUCAUUUGGAAUAGUCUUAUUUGAAGUUUUGUGUGGGAGAUUGUGUUUUGAGAGCAAUGAUAAGCUUCAAUCUUUUACUCAACUGGUCCGAAAACAUUACAAACAGAAUAACCUAAAUGAAAUUAUUUGGGGUAAUAUAAAGGAAGAAAUACAUCCUACCUCUUUGGAGGUGUUUUCAGCAAUUGCUUAUCAAUGUUUGAAGAAUGACAGUGAAAAACGUCCAUUAAUGGAGGACGUCGUGACACAACUUGAAACUGCCCUCGAAUAUCAAGUUAACAUUGUCAGCAUCUCACCGGUACCUCAAAUCCAGAGUAAGCUUACCGGAUACCUCAAUGGAAACGACUACUACCACUGGUAGCUGGAACCCGACCCAAUAAGGGGGCAAGUUAGACGAUGGCCCGGGUCAUGAUAUGGUUUGGGGCCCCAAAAUUAAUUAUUAUAUAUAAAUAUAUAUAAGUUUGGUUAUUUAUGAAAUUUUCAAUAUUUGAAUUGGUUAAAAGGUGCAGAUGGUUAGCCCUUCAUUUUAGACAUGUCACAUAUCCAUGUUCGAGUCCUAUUGUCGUCUCUCCUUAAUGUGCGCCUUCUUCUUAUAAUACUUUUGUUUAUCGAAAAUAAACGAACAUCCUAUUGUCGUC